GAGUCUGGGGAGGCAAGUCGGUCAGGUGAAGACACAGUAAAGGAGCGAUCCCAUUAACAUCUCCUCUGGGUGGGAAAUCUGGAACAGGUAUGGGGCUUUUGAUAACGGAUCGGCAGCUGAAGGCAACGGAGCUAUUGCACUUUUGUGCCGUAGCAGCCAAAGGGGUGGAGUCGAGUGGAAGCCGACCGGGCUGGGUGGGUUACCUCGUGGCUCUCUCACAGCUUGACGCCUCAACGGAUGCAGGUCAGUCGACGGCCACCACUCGCGUGCAGACAGCAGUGAGUUGGGAUGUGAAGUUGAGUCAGCAACUAUGACGGGGCCCUGAAUCGAAAUCGAGAAUGGGACUUGGAAAUCAAUUGACGAUUGAUUUUCACUGUAUUAUCUAGAUGGUCAAUCAUCCAAUACAGAUACAGGGAGUGAAUACGGGCAAUCUG